AUGUCGCGGCCUGUUUUGACGGUCCCCACGAAGGCCGUAAAGAUCUCUUCCUUCGCCUUCGCCUCGGUGGGACAGAACUCUCGAAUAUGUUCUCAGUGCGCAUAUCGUCUAUCGUCUAUCUCUACACGCUCAUUCUCCACCACGCGGCACAACAAUGCGAAACUCGGAGGUCUUCUAGAUCACAAGAAUCUUGAUUCGAAACUCCCCAAGUCGCAUUCCAUGAGAACCCGCAUGAAAGAUGCGGGCAAGCAAGAGUUGGGCAAUGACCUAGGGCGAGUGCCCAUGUCGCUUGUAAUGCCUUCCAUAAAAACAUUAAGAGAAGGCUUCAGUGGCCAGGUCGGCAAGUUGGCGAAGGUGUACUGGUUCAAUCUCAAAACCUCCGUGACGGAUUGGUACGGAGUAUUUUACUUUCGAUGGUGGGAUGCACAAAGGGAUCCCACGACCGGGAAGAAGAUGAGAAAGCCGCUCGAACUCGGGGAGAGACACGAGACUGCGCGACAGUUACACCAAUCGUUCAACAGCGCCCUGGCUAGGGGAGACGUUGCCGAACUCGAGCAGAUCGCCUGCGAUGGUGUGCUGUCUCAAGCGAAGAGGCGGAUUGAGCUUCGCCAGAAACGAGGCUACCCUCCCGAGAAAUGGCAGCUCAGGAUGUACACGGGAUUGAAGUACCCGAAGUGGUUGGAGAAAUGGCCCGUCUCCGUGCUCCUGCCCAGGGCGAGUACUCGAGUGGUUUCGGACAAGCUGUCCCCUCUGCCUCUCCCAGAGUCCUACAUCCGUCAAUGCGUUGUGCGCAUCCGUUCUGUCCAAACCUACGAACUUGCCACCGAAGAAGACCUGAAGAUAUCAAAGCACACCGAGUACGUUGUGAUGCAGAAACUCACAUUCAAGGGAGAAGACGGGCCGUGGCGGAUCUGGGGCACCGUCGAACCGUCCACAAUUCAAGAAAUCAAUGACAUGCUGGAAGGACAAGACAGUCAAUCGAGCUUUACGGAAAGGUUGUCCAAUUUAAUGUCUGGCGGAUUUCCUGGCGGGCGGCUAAGCUAA